AUUGAUGAUGGCCCAGCUGACUCUGCUGAUACCUUCAAUACCCUGUUCACCGUGCGUGUGAAUUCAGCAGCCAUGAUCCUGGAGGAUGAAUCAGGGCAGACAGUUUUGGAAGGGGUGCUAAAGGGCACCACAGCUGUGUCCAAGAUGUAUGCUCAGAACAGCAGCCUUCAGCUAACUGUCAUGUCGACUGGGCUGUUAUGUGCUGAUGGCGUGCUGUUAAGCACUGGAAUCGAGCAAAUCAUUGCGGAAGAGCCCAAUGACGCAACCAUGGACUCAGUUUCACAGGCGUUGAAAAUACUAUACACCAAAACACCACAGGACAAGGGUGUGAGUGCUGCAUUGAAAGUCCAGUUGGGAGGCAGCUAUGUGACGUACCGUGACACAGCAGUCAGGAAAGUGUUGAAAUUUUUCAGGCCAGUGGCAUCAGCCGACAUCUCAGUCCUUCAGGCUCAGGCUGCUGCUGGAGUAAAGAAAGCGACACAAUUGGCAGGAGAGCAAAUUGUUGCAGCACUAAAUGAGACACCCAUGUUCGAGAUUGAUUUGUGCAUGGAUGCCCCAAAGAUUGCGAUCCCUGUUCAGGGUCACGAUGACAACAAAGCGAUGGUCACCCUCAUUGCUGACCUUGGCAGCUUUGGGCUGAUGACACAUCAGUCUGGAUUUCAAAAUCUUCCUCCUGAGCAUGCAGGAAAGUAUGAGUGCCUCAAGGCAGACAUGCAGGAUGUUGCCCUAUACCUUGUUGAAGGUAAAUUUCAGUGGCCAGAACUCCACAACGGUGGCUUGGAGAGGCAAGUGUCUGCACAGCUGCGUGAUUUCCUGGGCCAUGCGGCGAAGGUCGUCCCUGUCCUGGAGCCCUUUGCAUUGCAAUCGGAUGUGCAACUGACCCGUGGAUGGCAGCCAGGGCUUGUGCCUGUGAGACUCGAUCUGAACGUGGCGUCCUUCCAUCUGCACUUCAGCCCUACAAGAUACGCCCGCAUCAUGACAAUUGUGAAUUCUUUAUUUGAUUUGUCUGCAGCUGCAUCCAGUUCUCAGUCAGUUUGGACCCAUUCCGAUGCAUCUUCGAUGCAUGGUGGUGUCAGUGUGUUGGCAUGGGAGGGACUUGGUGGGAGAACCCCUGUUUGGCGGAAACGUUAUGCCACUGUGCAUGGAGGCAAUUUGUACGUAAGCGAGAGUGAGAUCGCGUUGGAUAUUGUGAAGUCUGUGUGGCUUCUUGGGGACAUAUAUGUCUCUGCUGUUCCCCCAUCGCUUGUUUGGGGAAAGAGGAAUGUUGUGGCGAUUGUUCCUCUUAGUGUGGACUUGAAGAGUGGUGUCGAGAUGGCAACAUCGACCGUCCUGCAUCUGGACAGUGAGGAGAAGGCCCAGAACUGGAGAAUGGCCUUGAUCCAAGAGAAGGAACGGAUGGCAGCUGCAACAGGGAUAGUUGAGGCUCCCACAGUUGACACCGCGUUUUUGUCUUCUCUCGUUUCGGAAGAGCUUCCAGAGACAUCACAAAUAUCAACUCCUGUAUAUCUGGAGGUAACAGGCAAUGUUGCAGAGCUGGCAGUGACGAUUCUUGGAAGACCCCCUAAAGAUUUGGGAGACCCCGAUGGAUCUUCAAUGUCAAUAGCUGAGGACGACGCCGGGUCAGUCACACUCUCAGAUUUGAAUGCUGGCCUGAACAUGGACAACGAAGUGCCCUUGAUUGUGUUUCGGGAAGAAAAUGGCCAUGUGGAUCUGACAGUAGGAGAGUUUGGCUUACAAGCUGACUUGCAAGUGCAGAGUUGUGAGCUUGAAGACGUGCUCAUCAGCAAACCAUCAGGGAUCAAACGAUACCUGGCUCGAUCCACUGUGGCUAGCAACCUUGGUGGGUGGUUUGCACAGUUUGUGCUCUUAUUUGAUGGGGAUGCAGUACAAUGUGCUUCUUGGUGUGGUAUUCUGUUCUCUAUUCUGUGA